CUAUAAAUAUAUGUUAUUCAUACAAAAUAAUUGGGUUAUAGCUGAAUGAAUAAAAAUUAAUAAAAAGAUUUAAAAAAAAAGUUAAAAUUGUGAGCAAAAACAUAACACAAGCAAAAAAUUGUGACUAAGUGAAGUUUAAUAAAAAACAAAUAUAAAUAAAAAAAAUCGACAUAAAUGAAUAUUCAAUAUUUAAAGAAUAAUCAACUUAUGGAUCAAGGAUUUUUCAUAUUUGAAAAAAUUAUCAAAAUAAGAAGUUUCCUUGCACGAGAAUAAUAAUACUAGCAAAAAAUCAACACACAAAAUACAAAAACAAAAAAAAUAUAAAUGCUAAUAAAGCUGGAAACUAAAAAAGGAAGAAAAAAAGGAAAAUUCCGUUUGGCAAAUAAGAAAUUUAAAAAAAAUACACAUUUGGACAAGAAAAAUUGCAGAUUGGAGAAAAUAAUUUGAAGUAAAGGAAUUCAAGACCUGAAAAACCCCGCAAUAGAAGAAUUUAAAUCUUACAAAAAAAAAAAACUAAACUAUAUAAACAAAAAUAAUAUAUAUAUCUAUGUAUAACCCACCAAACAAACAAAAAUAGAACAUAAAGUUUUUAUUUUUAAUUUUAUUUUAAGUUUAAUUUAUAAUCCCCGAUAGUUUGGCAAGAAAUUGGGUGAUUUUAAAAUAUAAUUCAAAUUAAAAAAAAAAUAUUUUCUUUGGAUAAAAAUACUGGAAAAUCAAAAAAUUAGUCAAAAUGGAUCCACAACAACAGUUUUGUCUAAAAUGGAACAGUUAUUCGUCAAAUCUGGCAAUGACAUUUUCGAAUUUAUUCAAAUCAGAUUUACUGGCUGACGUGACGUUAUCUUGCAAUGGAACAGUAUUUAAGGCACACAAAUUGAUAUUGGCAGCAUGUUCCAAAAAAUUUGCAGAACUUUUCGAAACAACACCUACAAAUGGACAAUGCGUUGUUAUAUUGGAAGCCACAUCACCAGAUAAUAUGGCUGCAUUAUUGGAAUUUAUGUACAAAGGUGAAGUGCAUGUAUCACAAGAGGCUCUAAAUAGUUUUCUAAAAUCAGCGGAAAAUUUACAAGUCAAAGGUCUUUCAACAGAACAUGGUAGAUUAGCUGCAGCACAAGCACAACAGCACGAAACCCCACCACCAGAAUCUCCAUCAGGAAGACGAAAUAAUCGCAACAGUAUAAGUGGGAAUGGUGGAAAUAAUGGUGGUGGAGUUGGUGGCAAUGGCGGUGGAGGAGGUGGCGGCGGUGGUGGAGGGAAUUCGGGUGGAAAUAAUAACAACUCAGGUGGCCCAUUAGGAUUGGGAAUUUUAAAACAAGAAUGUGACUCCCUAAUGCACCCGAGCAGCUCAACUUUAGGCGGAAUUCCACCCUAUAUGCCACAAAUGUACAGACCGAUAUCCUUUGAACCACCACGAAAACGUGCCCUCCGCAGUCCAUAUGCUGAGCAAGAGAUCCGCGGAAGUGUGCUACGAGAUGGUUCGAAGAAUAGUUCAGAUAGUGCAAGUCCCAAUAGCAAGCCCUACAGACCUUUAAGCAGUGCAUCAUCAACAGCACCAACGGAGGCGGACACAAUGCAAUCAGAGCGAGCUUCACCUGAGUCAAGUCGAUAUGAAAAUCACAGUCCAAGUACAACAGCCGGAAAUGGUAAUGCGCCCAGCAGUGCUGGAGCCUGCUUAGACCGGCCGGUAAAAACUGAACGCAAUAAUGGCAGUACAAAUGAGGCUAACGAGGACGAAAAGGAUGAUCGUGAAUCAAAUGAUGUAAGGAUAGAUUGCGAAAGUACUACGAAUACGAGUUGUUUUGCGUUGAAGAACGGUGCUGAGGACUUACGCGUGAAAAUGGAAAAUACAAGUUAUUCACCGCCACCACCACCAACAUCGAAUACAACGCCAACAACACCAACUGCUAUUCUGGAUUUAAAGAAUGCUACGGAUAGUGCAUUGGCUGGUGGACUUGCUGCUUCGAUAGCUCCUGCUGAUAUGUUGAACGUUUGGAAUGCUACAAAACUGAAUAACAAAAAUAGUGGAAUGGUUAAUACAGCUGAUGUUAUUAUUUCUAAAACAACAAAAUCCCCCCUCCAUCCACCUACAGGAAAAAAACUUAAGUGCCUGUACUGUGAUCGUUUAUAUGGAUAUGAAACAAAUUUGCGCGCACACAUCCGGCAACGUCAUCAAGGUAUACGAGUUCCAUGUCCAUUUUGUUCGAGAACAUUUACCCGCAACAAUACAGUUCGGCGACAUAUUGCACGUGAACAUAAACAGGAAAUUGGUAUUGAUCAUGUCCCGCAACCGAAUCAUACGCAAUAGGCAACGGGUCAACCUUUGGGUUUAAGUAAAAAGGCACAACGUAAACUCCUCAAAGGACAACAACAAAGUUAAAUUUACAACCAAACAAAUGAAUCCUGUGACAUGUUUCUUAGAAAAACAAAAAAAAUGCAAUAGAAACAAACAAGAUAAAUUAACAUCAAUAUUAAUUGAUGCCACAACUGCCAACUGAUGCUGCUGCUGUUUGAAAAAAAAAUCUUGAACAUCAUGAAAAAAAAAAACGUGUAAAUUUAGAAAAAAUGAAAAAUUUUGUUACCAUUUUCCUUCAAAACAAAAAAAAUCAAGCCUUCUAUAUAAAUCUGAUUAUGCAUUUCAUCGUUUUAUAACACAACUUAUAUGCCUAGUAAAAUAUUUGUUUUAUGAUCAUAUGACUGAAGAAUUAAAAAAAAAUGCAUGAAAUGGUUAAAAAAAAAUAAUUACAACAACAAGAAAAUACUGAAAAAAAAACAUUCAAGCAAUAGAAAAUAUUUUUUUUUUUGAAGAAAUAAUAGUUAUUGUUACAAAUAUUAUAAUUUUUUUUGUUAAAAAAUGCAACGCAACCUCUAUUGAUUUGUUUCCUGUUAU